CUCCACCCAGUAUCACUCGUAUCAGUCAGUUUCAAGACUCGACAACACAGACCUAAAACAUUAAAACAUGUUCAAAUUGGUGGUGCUGUUCGCUCUCGUUGCCAUCGUGGCUGCUAGACCUGGUGGCCUUUUGGGCUACUCUGCCAUUGCCGCUGCUCCCGCUGUCGCGGUUCCGGCUGCAGUUAGUCAUCAAUACAGAGCUGAUGUCAUUAGCAAGCCUGUUGUAGCAACUUACGCUGCUCCCAUUGUUCAAAAAGCUGUCGUUGCUGCCGCCCCUGCUGUGGUUGCCGCUCCCGUAGCUUUGUCUGCUGCCGUUACCCAUCAGUCUCGAGUUGAUCUCCAUCCCACGGUUGUCGCCGCCGCUCCUGUAGCUUACGCCGCCCACGCACCUGUAGCUUACGCCGCUCACGCACCUGUAGCUUAUGCCGCUCACGCUCCCGUAGUCCACGCGUGGUAAACGGAGGACUGAAACGUUGUAAUUUAUAAAGAUUAUUAAAUAAAAUAAUAAAACUCAAAAUAGGUCUCUA